UCAGAAUACAAUCUGAUGGAUGGAUCAAUUUUCGUGUAAUGGUUCUCUGUAAUCUGAUUUAUUGCCGCUACUAGUCAAUAUAAGCGUUACUUCAUGUCCAGAAUGACAAGAAACUGGCUGUUUUCACCGAAGGUCUCCAGAUAUAAAUAUUUGUUUACUGCCAUCGGUCACGAAUCACCGUUUUUACGGUCCCAUAUCUCUUCCGCCUCCUUUAUGGCGCAAACGACAUCCAGCGGUGGGGAGAAGAUAAACUCGUCAGCCUUUCCUGCCCCGCGUAUUGAUUCGGGCAGGCAGAUUUGCGGCGGCACUGGGAAGAGGCCGCUUCUGCCAAUCGGCGUUCCCGCUCGUGGUGCGCUCACGCGCCUGUUCCGGUCACGAGCUAUUGUUUAUCAUACGCCUACCACAUCCUUCGUCCGCCGAGCAGACGGGUGAAUGAUGUUACCUUCGCAGAUGCCGCUUCGCUUUUUUACUGGCGUUGGGCUGAUGCGCGUUUUUAUUUCCCUAUUAACGUGCAAUGCGGAUGCGAAAUGAAUUUUCGCCGACAUCCUGGGCAUCGCGGCUGCGUGGCUUCGGCUGCAUUCGCUAUGGACAUUAACAGAUUUAAGAGACUUAUGACAAAAUGAAAUGCACCGCAACCUCCGUCAGUUCUUCGAUGCAGUGUUUAUCUGCGUAGCUCAAUCAUAGAUCUUCGUGCAUCUUAAUUUUAUUUGAGCUAUUAGAUGAAGAGCCGUUUACCCCCUCCUAAAACGACCUGCUUUAGCCAUUUUCUGUGUUUGCGGGAAUCUGAAAAUGUUCUGAAAACACUAAGAUUUUGGAUUGAAGUUGAUGAAGCAGAAUAACUCGACGACUUUAGGAUUCGAUUCUUCUUGCCGUGAAGCCCCCUUGGUAUUGACACCUGUGCAGCUCACCUGUGGGCGUGCCCGUGCUGACACACCUGCGUCAUGGCCUCCCUCCCUCCCGGGCAGGGCGGGGAGGCGGUUGCCAUGGAGACGGGCGAUGCGCUGGUGAGGCAGGUGGAGAGCGUGGAGCGGAACAUGGCCUUCCUGCGCCAGGAGCACCUGACCCUGCUCCGGGGCCUGCACCUGGAGAUCCUCUCCCUGCAGAGACGCUGCGCCGAGCUCACCUGUGAGCUGAACCUGAAGCCCCCAGGAAGGACCCAGGCAGAGGUGGAGGAAGAGGAGGAGCAGCUGAAGGCUCGCUGUGAGCAGGCGGAGGCUCGGCUGAGGGAGCAGCAGUGCACUCUGGGAGAUCUGCGGCGGGAGCUGAGCCAGAAGGGGGCGCUGGCGGGCGCGCUACGGGCGGCGCUGAAGGACAGGGAGCGGCGCUUCCUGGACGAGCUGAAGAGGCGGAGCCACCGCGUGACGGCGCUGAGCAGCGAGCUGCAGCGGCAGACGGACUCCGCCGCGCGGCUGUCCUUCCAGCUGUACUCCGCCCGCCAGCGCCUGCAGCUGCAGGAGGAGGAGCCGCCGCGAAGCCCCGCCCCCCGGGGCGCGCACAGACCGCCCCCGACCCCGCCCCCGGCCCCGCCCCCCGCCGCCCGGCCCAAACGCCGCUCCCACAGGCCGGCGGCGGCAGUGCGGGCCGAGAGGGCCCGGGAGUGCGUCCCGCGGGAGAGGGUCACGGGCCCCGAAGACCCCGCCCCCAUGCCCGACCCCGCCCUCUUCCUGUACCCCCGUCGCCACAGGCCCCGCCCCCGCCACGCCCACAGAUCGCAGCGCGGCCUGGUGGUGGCGGCGGAGGGGGGGAGGGAGGGGCCUGCCGAUGGGGGCGGGCCUCGCGUCGACCCCGCCCCCGCCGCGGGCGUCGCCACGGCAACAGAGGCGGAGUGAUCUCAUCGCCAUGGCCACCAUCAUUAUCGUUCACCAUUCUAAUUCUCCUCACUGCUAUUAUGAUUCAUAAUGUCCUGUUAAAGUCUGUAUAAUCUCAUCUAACUAUGGAUAUGUCACAUGUCACGGAUAUAACCAGUGAUAAUUAAUAAUGAGUUUGAACUUUUUUUUAAAUGUAUUUUUGCACUGCUAAUCACCAUGACAACGUGGUGAGGAGCGGUGACCUGAAUCGCUCCUUUGCCCCUCCUUUUUAAGAGCUUUCUGCAAAAGACAGAAACAAAGAGGUAAAAAAAGACGUGUGAAGAAAGAGAUAAUUUGUGGCUGGGAUCCUGAGUGAGGGCUGGUGUGGAUCUGACACGGCGGGGGGAGGGGGGGGGGGUCUCCAGGUUCGGGAAAAAAUCCACUUUUUGACCCUAAAUCACUUUUAGAUCUGUGGUCUUUGUGCUCCUCAUGAACAUAAUAUGUGAUGUAUCGAAAGAUGAUCCGUUUGAAGCGGAGACCGAUCUUUCUUUAUUCUCUGUCUCACCUUUAAAUGAGGAUGAUUUUAUGUGACCUCUUUGUACUGCACUGUACCAAACACAGCUGCUGCUGCUACUGUAAGGUUGAAAACAGACAGCAGAUUGACUGAGAAAGGUAUAUCUCUCCUCUGUAAAGUGCUGCCUCUUUCUCUCCUGCAGUACCAGUGUGUGGCCUGUAGAGUCACACACUUGCUCACAUAUAGUGCAGAGGACUGUUGCAGUUAGCUGCUGUUAGCUGGCGUUACAUUGCCAUUAGCUGGACUUAGCUGCUGCUAGCUGGAGUCUGCUGGAGUUAGCUGCUGUUAGCUGUAGUUUGCUAGAGCUACUGUAGCUGGAGUUAGCUGCUGUUAGCUGUUGUUUGCUGGAGCUGGCUGCUGUUAGCUGGAUUUAGCUGCUGUUAGCUGGAGUUAGCUGCCGUUAGCUGGAGUUAGGUGGUGUUAGCUGGCUUUAGCUGGAAUUAUCCGCAGUUAGCUGGAGUUAGCUGUGUUAGCUGGCUUUAGCUGGAAUUAUCCACAGUUAGCUGGAGUUAGCUGUGUUAGCUGGCUUUAGCUGGAAUUAGCCACAGUUAGCUGGAGUUAGGUGGUGUUAGCUGGAGUUAGCUGCCGCUAGCUGAAAUUUGCUGGAGUUAGGUGGCGUUAACUGGAAUUAGCCACAUUUAGCUGGAGUUAGCUGUGUUAGCUGGCUUUAGCUGGAAUUAGCCACAGUUAGCUGGAGUUAGCUGCUGUUAGCUGGAGUGCACUUGGUGUGGCUGUGAGACAUACUGAGCGGGCAGUCGUAAUGUUGACAGUUUAAAGAGAAGGUUUUCCAUAUGUCCUGUCCUGGCCACCACCAGGGGAGAGUUUUUAUUUAUUUAUUUAUUUAUUUGGUUGUUUGUUUAUUGACGUGCGACUGUGCUGACAGUUGGGCCUGUGCUGACGCUGACCGGUGGACAGGUGUGUUGUACGACUGCACACAGGUGAGACAGGUGAGUCUGUGAGACUGCUCACCUGCAGUAAUCUCUCUGCAGCCUGACUGGAGACAUGCAGGAGGUCACACCGUCUUUGAGAGGAGAGGAGGAGGGGUGGACAAGAAGAGGGGGAGGGAGGGAGGAGAGGGAAAAGAGGAGGAAGAAGAGAGAGGGAAACUUAGGUAUGAGUAACAGUGCUCUUGCAGUGUGUUUGCAGUAAAGACCGUGAACUGACCUACGCCAUUAGACUGCAGACUGUUAAACUGCAGACAGUGUUAGCCAAGGCUCUGUCCAUUUUUCUGCAGUGAAACACACUCCAUCCAGUGGCCGGGUGAGGGAACUGCACUUAAUUAGUUUAGAAAGUCUGAUUGGUGACACACUGCUGUUAGCCUGUAGCCUGCUGUGUCCAGUCUAGUGCCAUGUAUCUAUAAUAGAUGUCACGUUGUGGCAUAAUUUAAAGGCAGAUUAAUCACCAGAUAAAUAUUAUAUGAAAUUAUAUAUGAAAUGUUUUUCCACAAUUUGUGUGCGCGUGUGUGUGUGGGGGUGUGUGUGUGCGUGUGUGUGCCUGCGUGUGUGUGUGUGCGUGUGUGUGUGUGUGUGUGUGUGUGUGUGUGUGUAUAAAACUGUAUGAGGCAGGUUAUGGGAGCCAGAGAGGCUUAAAUUUAAACAGUGUAUAUUUUUGCUUAAAUGUACUUAAUUUAUUUGGUAAUGUGAUAAAACCUGAAGCACCUAAUUAAAAAAUUCAGUCUUGACUUUGAAUGACAAGCCGUCACAAUACCAACUUCGUCAGUGGGUGAAAGACAGGAUUGCCCUCGUUUUAUAUUAAUUACUUAAUGCUUACAUUUCAGGUAUUAUAUU